AUGUACUUCCACCGGCAGCACGCGGCACAGGCGACCCAGGGCCUCAGGUCUGCCGCGCCCGUGCACGAGGCCGACCUCGAGGUCGCCGCGAGGCUGCGCGAGCGCCUGCAUACGCCAGGGCCCGCGCGGCAGGCUGCCGACGCCGCGGGCGACCUCGUCGCCCAGUUCGUGGCCGAGAUCCGCAGGGACGUGGAGAUGCUCGUGCUCUACGGGCAGGUCGCCGUCGGCGACAUCGUCGAGGCCAGCCUCCGCCGCCACGGGCUGCUGGGAACGCCCGACGCGCACGUCUGGGAGGGCGUGGCCGCGGAGAUCGCCGCGGAGGCCCCUCCCCAGCAAUCGAGGCCG